AUGAUCGGCCAUUACCAAGCGAUUCGCAGGGGACCCGACUUUUCGCCGAGGCGGCGCGAAAGGUCUCCGGAAGUCCUCGGGGGACCUGGUACAGGAGUGCUUGCCCGGCUGGAGGUUGGGCGGAUCAAUGAGGGCGAGAACGAGGACGCCGAUGUCGAGGACGUCAACGGCGGAGGCGGUAAAGAGGUGUUGGAAUCUGUGGCUGCGCUCUGGCGUAGAUCAGAGCCGCCAGUGAUUAUUGUUUGUGCAUUAACUGUCUCCAAACCCAUCGAGCUUGGGAUGGUGACCAAGGCGUCUCCUGACGGCGAGACGGCCUCAAAGGGUGCCGAAGGUGCA